AGUAGCUCUCUCUCUCUCCAUAUGUGUGUGUGCGUGUAAUUAUAUCUUCAACAGUGUACUUCAUAUCUCAUAGCAUAAAAAUUAUACAAGAAGCUAGGUGUGGUGGAUAACCAUGAGGUCAUAUUUGUGUGCUUUCUUGGCUCUCUUGUUGUUUCUACUGGUUGUUGUUGAUGCAAGAAAAGAUCCAGUAGAGAUUUGGAAGAGUUCGGUGAAGCAAGAGGAUAUGCCAGAAACACUUCGAGGCCGCCUUGUUUUUCCAGCAACCAAAGACCUAGAAAUCUCAGACAACAAAGCCUCUGAUAAUUUCGAUGACGCUAUUAAACCAUCAUUAGAAUCGCUUCCUAAUUUGGAUGUUUCGGAGAAACGCUUUGGUUUUGAUGCCAAUAAGAAUUGGAACCUUAUAUGGUGAUCUGAUGAAGUAAUGUUAAUGAUCGAUGAUCUGAAGUAAUGUUGAUAAUGUUCAAUAAAUAAAUGUCUUUUCAUUUGCCUUCUAGUGUGUGACUGGUCAUGUAAUAUUUAAGAGAGCGUGAAUUU